GCACCCGGUCAUGAGGGAGCCGGGGAAGGGCCAGUGUUGGGACGCGAUGUACCUCACCACCGCCACCUCGAUGCCCACCUCCUCCGCCACCUCCCUGCGCACCGUCUCCUCUAGAUUCUCACCUGGAAGAUUGAAGAAGAUGGCUGUGGGUGACCCUGCUCCUCACCCUAGCCCGCGCCGCCCUCCCGACCCCCUUCCCGCCUCCGUCCGUGGGUGUGCGGGGGGCGGGGAUCAGUCCGCUGGUAGGCGUGGCGGCUCAGCUGGCCCGCGAACACCUGGCUCGAUGUCACCUGGUGCUGGCCGCAGGUGACGCCCGCGACCCCUCCUUCGGCGCCCUCGUCAGCCAAUUGUGGGACGACGGGAGGACGUGCGUAGGAGUCUGGGGGGGAGGAAAAACAACCCACAGAUCCUCUUCGUCCUCCUCCUCCUCCUCCUCCCCCAACUCAUCCCUCGCGGAGCUCUUCUCUCGCAGGGAUCCUACGCUUCCUUGCCGGGCUAUCCUUCUCCUCCUUCCAUCCUCCUCCUCUUCCUCUUUUUCUUCCCCUUCUUCGUCUUCUUCUUCCGUUGCUAAUAAUACGGCGACGUCUGUUUGGAGCAUCCUCGACUGGCUCACCCUCACGCCGGAGACACGAGUGGUGGUGGUCGGGGGUGACGGUGCGCACCCACCAACCCACCCACGCCUCGCCCACACCUUCCACGUCCUCCACCUGGCCGUGCGGGAAAAAGAGGAGAAGAGGGUAAGGGUGGUUGUGAGUCGUCUCUGUCACUACUGCCGAAGAGGGGGUGUUGGGUGGACGCUAAUUGGUUACUGGUCUUCGGAAGGUGCUCAGGAUAGCGCCGUGCUCUUCCCAGACACUACAGAGGACAUGCACAGACACAGACUUCGCGUGGUGGCCAAAGAACUCUUCCCUUACGUGUGUUAUAACCUUCCCUCUUCCUCCUCCUCCUCUUCCUUCUCCUCCUCCUCCUCCUCCUCUGGUCCUCUCAUCCCGUGUGAUUCCCUCGACUUCCGGAUCUUGGACACAGCCGCGAGUCUCCUUAACUUUACCUACGAGGUGUGGGCCCCCAGGGAUGACAAGUGGGGGGCGCUGGUGCUGGGGGGAAGCUGGAACGGCAUCGUGGGGGAGUUGCUGCGGGGGGAGGCUGACCUGUCGUUGCGCCUCUUCUGGUCCGCCGACAGGAAGAUGGCCAUUGACUUCACCCGCGCGUAUAUCUUUGAGCCCUUCGUUAUGGUCACCCGCCAGCCAGGCCCCCUCCAGCAGAGUCUCGCCCCCGUCAGACCCUUCACCGGCGAGGUGUGGGCGGUGCUUCUGGGCGUGACAUCAGCGGCAGGGGUGGCGCUGUGGGCGGUGCAGGGGGCGGGGUCACGACUGAGGGGCGGCGAUGGGCGUGGUCUGGGUCUCGGCACCUCGCUCCUGACGGCCUGGGGUAUGCUGCUAGCGGACAUGCCCACCACGCUCCCGACCUCUCUUCCUGUUAGGGUAACAGCGGGAUGGUGGUGGGUGGGCGUGGUUGUGUUGACGGCCAUGUACCGCGGCUCGCUCAUCGCGCACCUCACCGCGCCGGGCAACACCGCGCCGCUCAACACUCUGGCCCAGCUGCGAGGGGUGCGGGGCGCCACGUGGGGGCUGGAAGGCGGCUACGGCGUGGGCUGGGACUGGUUCAAGUUCAACAUCAACCCGGACGUGAAGAAGAUGUUCGGGGCGAUGCAGGUCACGCCGCGAGAUGAGCAGCUCGCACGCGUGUUGAGUGGCCCACACGCCUUCUUCACCUGGAAAUACUAUAUCCAGACGGUACUGGCAGGGCACUACACGGACGCCGCCGGCCACCAUCCCUUCCACAUCGGCAGUGAGGAGCUCUUAAUGGGGCAGAGCGGCUGGGGCGUCAGGAAGAGCGCCCCCUUCCUGGCACCGUUGGACAGGGUCAUCGGGCGCCUGGUGGAGGUGGGGCUCAUCGACCACUGGCUCAAGGACCUGUUCCCCCCCACGCAAACCAAGACCAAGAUCAAGGCGACGGCGACGGACCAGCAGGAGGAGGAGGAGGAGGAGGAGGAGGAGGACGCAGACGAGGCCACAAGGAACUCGGAUGAGAGCGCGCUGCAGGUCCUUGGGCUUCACCACCUGCAGGGCGCCUUCUACCUCCUGCUGGUGGGUGGUGGCGGCGCCCUCGUGGCCUUCGUAGCCGAACACGCCAUCGGAACACCCCCAGGAGGCAUCAGCGCGCGUGACCGUCGGGCAAGACAGUGGCGUCGAUAGUCCUUGAGUGUUAUCAAAAGCGCCGGGCGAAAUCCAUAUUGACGCCGACACAAUAUUUUUUUUUUUUGUGUGUUCUAGGUAUGGUCGGAAUAUCAAAAAAAGUACCCAGCGCACAAAGAAACCGCAUCAGCAUAAAUAUGUAUUUCUCGCGGCACUUUUGAUAAUAUUUGCGCCUGUGAUGAGAUUGGCCGCACUCUCUUAUUCUACGGUUCUGCCAAACUACAAUCCGCUGGUCGUGGCUUUUGGCAGCUGAACACCUGGCUUAGCAUUGAAUUUAUGGUUCUGAAGUCUACAAAUAAAGAUAUGGUGAAAUAUAAGAUACUAUACGUUUCCUUUUUUUAUGUAUUCAGUUAACAUUGCAGGAAGGAAGGUAAGAGAUAUGUAGUCAUUGAGUUAUGGUACGUAUGUCCGGCUGUUUCUACGCACAUUUUCAGUUUCUUCUUGCAUUAGAAACAAAAAACAUCAGACAGUUAACCCGUCCGCUGCGAUUGGAACGAAUUUGGCUCUCACUGGUAGCCUGAUAACAUAUACUCCUAGGUCUGUCUCUGCCUCUGUGGUGGAUAGUGGAGUGUUGCCCAUGUGGUAUUGGUGUGCUGGAUAUCCCCUUCCAAGGUGCAAGACUACAUUUUUCUUCAUUGAAUUAUAGCAGCCACUUUUUGAUCCAUUCCUGUAGCUUGGUGAGGUCUUCUUGUAGGAAAUCCGCAGCCAACGGGUUAAAGGAUGGCUCAAAAAGUUA